UCUCUCCAAUCCACGGCCUGCUCACCCAGACUGACACACCCAUCCAACCAUCAGUGAGGGGAGAGUCAUGUGGGCCUUCCGGGCUUCCUGGUCCUCAGCUCCGCCUCGCGUCGGUUUGGCCGGACAGGGGGAAACACUUCACAGUUAAAGAACAAAAGCAGCAACGGACAGACUGAGGGGGAGGAACAAACAGCGGCUCACAUACAACCUUUUAAUCUCACGAGUUGGAUAUUUGUGUUCCUGGCGAGAAUAAACCAGCGAUUGAACUCCUACGAAUGGGUACAAACUUGGUUACGUCGUAUCUUUGAAUCCUGACCGUAAUCCGUCGAGGUGCUUGGUAAAAAUAAGACAAGGGUCAACUAAAUAGAUGGACCGCAUUGUUUCCUCGCUCGGUGCCUUCAACUUCGGUUAUAUAUAUCUGAGUAGUACUGAAGAGUAGGCUGCGUUUCUCUGGUCUACGUGUCGUCAGAACGGACUCCGGGGAUUAAGGGUUAUUACGGCAAUUUCGGUUUCUGUUGCCAUAUCUUUCCCGUUGAGGAGGCCUCUCCCAUCUCUCAGGACUGAGAACUUGGAAGUGAAACAAAGCCUGACCAGUCAGGAUGGCGGAGCAUAUUUUGAUUGCCGACGUGACGUCAUACGCUAAACAUAACGGCAGAGAUGGACCGCUUGUGGACCCAAAUGAGCCUUUUGAAGUAGCUAUAAUGGAGUCAGACAGUAAAGAAAAGGCAGACACAAAACGCUCUUCAAAGAAAUUGCGGCAUUCUCCCAGCGCAGCAGAAAACAAUGCCAGCAGCGUGCCUAGUUUCACCACCAACCAUAACUCUGUUGUGUGCCUGCCUCUGGUCUCAGAGGGGCUCAAACUGGUAUGGACCCAGUCUAAUCAGACGCGAGAAUUGGACUCGAUCCCAGAACUUGUCCAUGCCUUUAAUUUAUUUCCAUACCCAUCCUCCAAAGAGGUUAGCACACUGGCUCGGGUAUGUGUAUUACCACUGGACAAAGUUAAAGUGUGGUUCAUGGUUCAGAGGAUUAAAUAUGGUAUUAGCUGGUCUUCAGAAGAAAUUGAGGAGACAAGGAGGAAGUUGGCUGUGCCUGAGCUUUGUGAGGACUCAGCUGAAACAAAUGAAGCUAAUUUGAAAAGCAAGAGCAAAGAGCUAGAUGAAUUGGUAACUGAGGAUAAGGACAGCGAUGAGGAGUGUGAUCUCAUCAGUUUUAUACCUGAAAUAAAGAAGGCAAAGUGUGAGUCUCCAGAUUCACAUAAAUCUACUGCUCCCUGUUUCAGAUCCAGUCUCCCACCGCCUCAGGAUUCAUAUUUCUACCGCUCACCAGCACACACCCCAGCGACCACAACAGCUGAUGUCUCCCCUGACCCCUCGGAGUCCUCUUCUCAACAGUACCGACACGGGCGUUACAAAAAGUCAAAAGCUCAGCUUGCUGCCCUGCGCAAAAGCUUUCUGAGAGAGAACUGGCCUGCAGAGCCUGAGCUCAAGCGUUUGCAGGAAGAAACGGGUCUGAGCCGCAAUGACAUUCGCAAAUGGUUCAGUGACAGUCGUUAUCAAUUAAGAGUUGGUCGGGGAAGCCUGGCAGCAGCCCAGACUUCUUCUCACCAAGCUGCUGUUGGGACUAAACAUGAACCACAAUCUCAAACUCAGCCUCUCCCACUCACCAAUCAAAAAUCUCGUCAGGUAAACGGGGUGAAAAGCCUUGAGGGAAGCCGAAACAACGGGAUCCGAAAUUCCCAUUUCUUUCAGACUUUUUUGUCAAACAGCCUAGAAGCAUUUGGUGAAAAGCUUAAUGAGACACAAGCACAUGAUGUUAUAGAAGAGCUUUCUGGGGAUGGGGACACUUUCAAAGAGGAGGAACAAACUGAAGAAGAACCAUUACAGUUGACCAAGACCUGCAAGACUGAGCCAGAUGUUGUCAUAGAGUUAAAAUCUUCCCCUUGUCCUUCCCCCCCUCGCUCUCCACCACUUACCACCUCCUCUAAUAAAACGUCUUCACACAGAAUCCGCACAUCAAAGAAGUCGGUGCAUUCAACUAAAGCCAGUCCCUCCCAGACACCCACAUGCUUCUCGGGCGCCUCCACAUCUACACCCCCUGCACUCACUCCUGCAGGACGUCCUAGAAAGACGAAGGAGCAGUUGGAUGUGUUAAAGCAGCACUUUUUGAAGUGCCAAUGGCCCACGAGUGAGGAAUACACUGAACUCGUCAAACUCACAGGUUUACCCAGGGCAGAUGUUAUUCAGUGGUUUGGCGACACACGCUAUGCCGUCAAAAAUGGCCAGUUGCGAUGGGUGAAGGGUGUCCGCGAGCAGUUCUUGGCAGAACUUGCUACUCAGCAAAGCGGCAGUGGUUUGUCGAAUGGAACUGGAGCCUCCACUCGUGGUGGGGGAGGGCGCAAACGAAAACUAAGCAGAGCAAGUACAGAUUCUCCUGAUAUCCAGCCCCUGGUAUCAUAUUACCUAACAACAGGGACACUAAAUGAAAAAGACCUUGACCUACUAUGCAAGAAAUCAAGAAUGAGCUACCAGCAAGUGCGAGACUGGUUUUCGGCUCAGGAGGUGGGAGAGACUGACGAACUUAUUGUGGCUUAGGACCUUUUGUGAAACUUGAUGUGUUCCUCCACACAUCUUUAACACAACAGGUGUGAUUACUGCUCUGGUGAGUGUUGCUUUAAUUAAGGCAGGUUUGUCAAAUCCAGUCUUCCCUGAACAAGCCCAAUGUGAGGUUUGAGUAUUUUUUUUUUUUAUAUAGAUAUGCUGCAUUCCCUGGUUAUUCUAAUAUAUUUAGAUCUGAAUUAUAUUUCUACUGGCUCUGUUGCUGUAAAUAGAACAGUAACCUGUACACUGGUUUGCUAUAUUUGUAAGCUCCUUUUUGGUUAGAUACCACUACAAUUGUAUUUUUUUUAUGUAUUCUAUUUGUAGCAGCAUAACAAGGUUACUAGAUGUAGAUCCAGAAAAAAUCUCUACACUGACAAACCUAUUGACUGAUCAUUAUAAUCAUUCUUUUUUUUUGCCAUUUUGUUUUCAUGAAAAGUACACUGGACUUGCUACUUUUAACGUCUUGCAUUUUGGUUUUCCAACUUGCUGCCCCCAUGUUAAUGAAGUCCUAAUAUUUCACGAUCUAUACUCCUUAUUACAGUGUCAUGUUUUGCUCUUUGUUGUAGAACCUACCAUGAUUAAAAUAACAACAUAGUACAUCACGUAUGUAAAAUGUAGUUCUGAAACACAUUUCCUUAAUUGCUCUUGUCACUCUGUUGAAAUGUUUUGAAUGCUCUGCUUGUCGUUUGCAUUCCACAGCAUCUUUCCAACAGUAAAGGUUGAGCCUAGUUGUAACAACUACAUCAUAAUAUAGACACCAGAAUUAAUAGGGCCUUAGUAGGCAUAGGGUGUAAUCUUACCAUCUAAAAUGUAGUCAGACUUCAUGGGCAGAAUGUGGGUGUUUGAAAGUUGUAAAAGCAAAAAUGAACCAAAAUCCAAUGAAUGGUAAGAUUUUACCAUCUUCAUACAGAAUGACAGAACAAUUUAAUUGAGUCAUAAGUUCACUUACAGAUGAAUAAAAGUACUUCUGGUGGACUUUAGAAAUUGAUGUCAGCUUUAAACGGAGUUUAGCUCUCUGGAAAUGUCCGACCAAAGGUCGAGCAAUCGGAAACAUGACGAAGCGGCGUGUACGACUGUUUUUCCUGUUGCUCAUGAAAAGGUAAUGCAGAUAUAAAUCUAUACAUGUACAGUCUUCAGUUUUGUUUUCUGGUUUAAAGAGAAAAUCCCGUUUGCACAAUUGUCACUGGAAACUAGUAAAUGUUUUGCCAUUAUAAUCAAGUGUACACAGAUUUAUUUUUGUGUGUUAUGAAUACAGACACCUGUGUUAAGUUUU